CAUUUCAAAUUCAAAAUUCGAAGCGGAACGAUCGGUUGCCGGCGCUUCCUUUCUAAAUAGCGCGCGCGAGAAGUCGAAUUCGAAAUCGUUUGUGGAUAAUAUAUAAUAUCAAUAUGUGUUUUGCGAAAAAAUAUCAAUGAUAGUGCUCAAAACAACAAAGGAAAACGAACGAUUACGGUUAUGUUUUCAUCCGCCUCCGAUUCGCAAGCACCGUUAGUUCGCGCAGCUCCCGAAAGUGCCAAUAAAGAAUAAUAACAAUAAACAAAGACCAACAAGUGGUGUAAAAAAAGUGCCAAAAACGUCUGACACACUUUAGUGACUUGGACGAUCGUCUCGUUGCCACUAAUUGCUGACACACAUAAUUUCCCUAACUGGCGGAAAAAAGGAGAAACAAGUGCGAAAAGAGAGCAAACGUCGUCAAGUGCCCCAUCAAAGUCAAGUCGGCCGACGACUCUAACUAAUUUAAUGAUCAAAAGUCACACAUUUUUUGCGCAUUCGGCGGCAACCGCUGAGCGGUGUUAAUUGAAAGUGUCACGCGUCGUCUAAAUAAUAAUAAUAAUAAUAGUUCCCAUCGACUGGUUUCGUCUAUGUGACGUGAGUGACUGUGGUGCAAUGUGGUCGGGCGAAGGGGCCAGAAAAUCCAGAGGAUCCGCCAUGUCCUGGCUGCUCCUAGUGCUAUCCGUGGGGGCGGCACAGGCUGCCACGCCCUUCGCGAAGGAGUAUCGCAGCGCGGUACACACACAUCCUGGCAACACCCUCGUCGACCUGGAUGGGUCCACCACCCUGGACGUGGGGCUGGAGAAGCCCACCAGCAGCAGCAGCGGUCUAAACGGAGGCUUCAAGUCGGAGUCAUCGGUGGUUCUUCCAGGCUCAGGCUGCCCAGCAGGUUCUCCCUGCCAACGCUGCAACAAGGCGGGCUGCAUCAAGUGCCCCACGUACCUGGUGACGGACACGAGGCAGUGCGUCGACACGUGCCCCGCCGGCUACUUGGUUCAGUGGUCCGCCCACACGGAGUUCAUGGGCAAAGUGUGUGUGCCCACCGGCUAUUCGGGGCCACUGAUGGCCGCUCUGGCGGGUCUACUCGGUGGCUUCCUGGUCUGCCUAUCCCUGCUGGCGGUGGCCGUGAUGCUGGUCAAGAGGAAGCGUCGGCGGAAGUCCAUCAAACAGAAGCUCAUCAACGAGAACACCAUGGAUCGGGCGGACUUCAUGAGGCAGCUGAACGAGAUGCGUCCGAAUGCGGAGUACUUCCUGGCCAUGUUGAACGACACGAGGCGGCAGAUUAGAAAGCUCUAUUUGUCGGGUGAGGUGGCGGCCGCCAACUCGUACAGGCCCAUCGUUCGGGAUCUGGCCAAGCUGCUGAUCCUGCUGAACAGGCCCAUCGAGCUGAUUCCCGCCCCGCCGCCGGAUUGGUCUAGGUUGUAUGCCUGGUCGGAGCAGGCCCUGGAGCGCUACAAGCCACAGGUGGGCCAGCUCAUCGACUUCUUCCAGGCCUCGCACGGGCACCAUGCCGGUCACCACGAGGUGCUCUACGCUGCUCCGGCCAAGAAGAAGCAACUGCAGCAGCCCAGCAUCUUCCGGCAACAGGUGACGCCUACGGCGACGCCCCAGGGAGUGGGCGAACUGAUGGCCGGCGAUCGGAAUAGCAGUGCCUCGGCGCAGCAGAAGCUGCAUCUCUUUGGCUCGCUGAUCAGCCUGCACGAGUUCGAGGAGCCGCGGGCUUCGGAUCCCUUCGGCAGCAGCUUCAACACUCUGAAGAGCGGCAAUCUCAUCUCUGAUCUCAACGCCAGCUCGCUGUGGCUGGAGGACGAGUUCUACAAGCUGGGCUUUCGACCGCAGGACGAGAUCACCACGGAGCUGUAACGGCAUCACAAAACAAGAAUCAAAACUCAGACUCACAACUUAAUGUAAAAGAAGUAUUAUCCCGGCUGGCGGCGCUAGGCGUUCGAAUUUAGUGCCAGUUCAGCUGGGGGAAAGGAAAGCAUUUGCGUGCACAUUCCGCCAGGCCAUCAUCAUCAAUAUCAUCGUCUUUAACUCCAUCGACAAGCCAACUGGGAGGCCAUUUAGCCGGAGCCGCUAAAUGCCCACGUUUAUAGCUUAGUUAGAUCUGUUAAGCAAGCAAACUAGUCACGUAAAAUCACAAACAAAACCAUCAACACACAACGAUGCCGUGGAGAAGGAGCAAAUGCAAAUGGAAAUCGCGUGGAAAUGAAUUUAGUUUUAUGGAUUUUACAAAAAUCGCAACAAUCAUGUAACGAACAAUAUUCAAUAUACACACUAUAGAGAUACUAUUCAGAUAAUAAUUAAGUUGUUUAACUGUAGAGAAGCGAUACUUAUAGCUAUAGCUUACGUAGACAGAGAUUAUAAAGCUUAGUGAAUACGAAAUGGAUAAUAAAAUCGUGUGCCUUAAGAGUGUAAAA